AUGGAGGAAAGCAACAACAGCUCUGAAAAGGGAUUUCUUCUUCUUGGAUUUUCUGAUAGGCCCCAGCUAGAGAGCAUCCUUUUUGUUAUAAUUUUGUUCUUCUACAUCCUAAGCCUCUUGGGGAACACUGCCAUCAUUUUGGUGUCUUGCCUUGACCCCAAACUCCACAUGCCCAUGUACUUUUUCCUCAGCAACCUCUCUUGCAUAAACAUCUGCUUCACCAUAAGUGUUGCCCCACAGUUGCUGGUUACCAUGAAUAAGAAAGACAAGCAUGAGAACAUGAGCUAUGGUGGAUGUGUGGCCCAGUUUUAUGUGGCCAUGGGGUUGUCCUCUGGGUGUAUUCUCCUGGCAGUCAUGGCUUAUGAUUGCUAUGCUGCUGUCCACCAGUCUCUGCAAUACACAGCCUUUAUGCAUCCUCAGCUCUGUGUAUCCUUGGCCAGCAUAGCAUGGCUCAGUGGCCUCAUCUCUUCCCUUAUUCUAUGCUCCCUGACUGUGCAGCUUCCCCUUUGUUGUCACCACAAACUGGACCACAUUUUUUGUGAGGUGCCAGUGCUCAUCAAACUUGCCUGUGUGGAUACAACUUUCAAUGAGGUAGAACUCUUUGUGGCCAGUGUAAUCUUUCUAAUUGUUCCUGUGUCACUCAUCUUAGUCUCCUAUGGCUUUAUAACACAAGCUGUGUUGAGUAUAAAAUCAGCUAGAGGGCACCAAAAGGCCUUUGGGACUUGUUCCUCCCAUCUGAUUGUGGUCAUCAUUUUCAAUGGGACCAUCAUUUUCAUGUAUGUUCAGCCAGCUAAAAGUAGCUCCAAAAACCAGGGAAAGUUUUUCUCUCUUUUCUACACCAUAGUCACCCCACUCUUAAACCCCAUUUUCUAUACACUGAGAAACAAAGAUGUGAAAUUAGCCAUGAGGACACUGGUAAUGGGAAAUACUUUGUGUUCAGAAUUGGUAUGA